UCCCCACGUAGCGUUCGCGGCUUCACGCGAGCGCCUUUUCGUCCGUGUCACAAAACCCCUCGCGGGAGAGCGGACGUUGGCGGCGUCUCGCGCACGUUACCGUUUAAAACGUUUGCCGUUAACGGUCACGCCGCGGUAACGUCACCGCUAAAGCUAGCCCGCGGGUGGAGAGGCUGACGGCUAGCCGAGCUUCAUUCAUCCCUCCGCCGUCGACAUUUCCUGCCCCCGCUGUUUGCAGUUCGAACCGUGCUGGUCUUUUGGUUUCUGUUCUUAUAUUCGUGUUUUUUUUUUUCUUUCUUCUUUUUUCGUCCGCUUAACGUAACGACGCUCGUUACCGGUGGCGUAUUGCAACCGAGCAACAUGGCAGCGUUAAUCUCUCAAAUGAGCGUUUUUUUUAGCCACAGAAACUGUGCGAAAUGCUGCUAGUUUGCGUGUUGACUCCCGUUCGGUUAAGGUGUCGCUGACUUGUGAGGCCUGGCCGCCAGAAAACACCUGCCUGCGGCCGGCUGCCUUCUCCGGGAACAAGACUGGCAAAGCCAACACCAUGAACUACGUGGGCCAGCUGGCAGGCCAGGUGCUGGUAACCGUCAAAGAACUGUACAAGGGCAUCAAUCAGGCCACUCUGUCGGGCUGCAUUGAUGUUGUGGUGGUCCGCCAGAGAGACUGCACCUACCAGUGCUCGCCAUUCCACGUGCGCUUUGGUAAGCUGGGAGUGCUGCGCUCCAAAGAGAAAGUGAUUGACAUUGAAGUGAAUGGAGAGCCAGUAGAGCUGCACAUGAAGCUUGGUGACAAUGGAGAGGCCUUUUUUGUCCAGGAGGCAGAGCAGCUGAAUCAGAUUGUCCCUGCCCACCUGGCCACCUCCCCAAUCCCCACCGAGAGUCACCUGUUCUGGAUGUCAGAAGUUGAGCACAGGGCACUGAAAGAUCUGGACGAUGACCCCGCUGAUCAAGAGGACCCGCCGGAGCCUCCUGCUCCGAGCGCCGCGGGCACAAAAAAGAAGAAGAAGCGGAGGAGGAAGCACAAAGGGGACCCCCGGAGAGAGGAGCUGACCCCGCCAAUGUCUGUCGCCCCUGUGAACGCUAUUGCUGCUAUCGCACCUGCUGCCACGACUGCUGCUAUCGCACCUGCUGCUAACGCAACUGCUGCUAUGUCCGGCUCGGGGCCAAAUGAAGACAUCUUUGAGAUGGACAUGAGCUCUGAUGAGGAAACUGCAGCACAUGUCUCCAGGUCGCCGUCCAUCACAACGAUGCGAGAUAUUGACCCCAAAUUACCCGCAGCAAGACACAACCUUGAUGGGUAUUCGAUGUCCGAUGGGGACUGGCCGUCAAAUGACAGUCACAGCUUGUCUCAGGCCUUUUCCCCAAAGAGUGACUCUGAGCUGAUGGUCAGGCCCUCAGAGAGUUUGCUCCGAGCCGAAUCCCACAUGCAGUGGACAUGGGGGGAGUUUCCCGAAACAACCAGGAUCACCAAAAAAGAGCGACCAGAGCUUCUAAAAACCGUGACCAUCACCCCGUCGGAGAGCACCCACUUCCGUGUAAUCCUCAGCUCCGAGGCCAUGGAGAACGAGACCGAGCUGGACAGGGGGGGUGCCGCCCCCUCCUCAGUUUGUACUAUUGUCAAGCCUGAGCCACGCACCCCUCUGACCACUGUAACCCCCCGGAUUCCGCUCGCGUCGGUCGGCGCCAUAACCCCUGGGAGUCCCCUGACCCUCACAGAGCCCCUGGAAAUGCUGCCAUCCAAUGUGGCAACCUCCACCCCGUCCGGCGGUCAACAGUGCGACUCACCCUCUAAGAAGAAAGGUGUUCCAAAGCGGAGCCAGCACCAGGGUCCUGAGGACAUCUACCUGGACGACCUGAAUGUCCUCGAACCUGAUGUCGCCGCGAGAUAUUUUCCGAAGAGUGAGUCUGAGGCGGCGACGAAGCACUGGAUGGACUCAGAGAUGCACUCCGGUUCUCAGUCUCCACAGUCGGUGGGCAGUGCAGCAGCUGACAGCGGGACAGAGUGUCUUUCUGACUCAGCUGGUGACCUCCCCGACGUCACUCUUUCUCUGUGCGGAGGCCUCACUGAAAAUGCUGAAAUAUCCAAAGAAAGGUUCAUGGAGCAUAUAAUCACCUAUCUCGAAUUUGCAGAAAAUCCAGCCAUUAUAGAUAACCCCAACCUCGUGGUAAAGAUAGGAAAUCGGUAUUAUAAUUGGACGCUCGCUGCACCCUUGAUUUUAAGUCUCCAAGCAUUUCAGAAGAACUUACCCAAGGCUACAGAAGAGGCCUGGGUGAAGGAGAAAAUGCCAAAGAAGUCGGGCCGCUGGUGGUUCUGGCGAAAAAGGGCAGAUAGUACAAUCAAGCAGUCAGAGACCAAGCUUGAAACCAAGGAGGAGUGUCAUCUGGAUGAGGAAGGACCCUCCAUGACUCAGGAGAAACUGCCCAUGCCGCCCAAGGCGGGAGACUCAUCCAGUGAUGAAGAGGCCAAGGAAGUGAGCGCUGCAUCUUGUCAGGAGCGACUGCAGCCGGUAGAUGGUCAGCACCACCCGAGCCAGCACGCCUACAGGAAGUCCCUCCGCCUCUCCUCUGAUCAGAUUGUCAGUCUGAAACUGAAAGAAGGACCCAACGACGUGACGUUUAGCAUCACCACCCAAUACCAGGGCACAUGCCGCUGCGAGGGCACGAUCUACCUGUGGAACUGGGACGACAGAGUCAUUAUCUCGGACAUUGAUGGCACCAUCACCAAGUCCGAUGUAUUUGGUCAGAUCCUGCCACAGUUGGGGAAGGACUGGACCCACCAGGGCAUUGCCAAGCUCUACCACUCUGUAGCUGAGAACGGCUACAAGUUCCUGUACUGCUCGGCUCGCGCUAUUGGCAUGGCGGACAUGACGAGAGGUUACCUGCAGUGGGUCAAUGAUGGAGGCACCAUUCUCCCCCGAGGGCCUCUCAUGCUGUCUCCCAGCAGCCUCUUCUCUGCCUUCCACAGGGAGGUCAUUGAGAAGAAACCAGAGAUCUUCAAGAUUGAAUGCCUUACAGAUAUCAAGAACCUGUUCCAGCAUAACAAGCAGCCAUUCUACGCCGCCUUUGGGAAUAGAGCUAAUGAUGUGUUUGCCUAUAAGGAAGUGGGAGUUCCAGUGUGUCGGAUCUUCACAGUGAACCCCAAGGGAGAGCUGAUCCAGGAGCAGACCAAGGGCAACAAGUCCUCGUACGGCAGGCUGAGUGAGCUGGUGGAGCACGUGUUCCCUCUGUUGAGCAAAGAGCAGAACGAGGCCUUUGUCUUACCGGAGUACAGCUCUUUCUGCUACUGGAGACAGCCCAUAGCGGACAUCGCCCCCGAAGAGAUGCUCUGAUCCAGCACAUCUGGAAAGCCAGGCGCUCCUAUACAUGCAGCUGGACUGUGCACUUGAACUCCGGUAGACUCAUGGACUGAAACCCAAACGUUUCCAUAUAGUACUCAAACAUGCUCACGCAGUAAUGGGGUUUGGACCAUAAACACGUACAGUAAUUAUGCUUUGUCAAGAUAAGUGGAAGUUCUUUCCAGAACAGUAAACCCAGAUGAAUAAUCCAAUGACACUUUCAUCCCUGAGAGGCUAAAUGAGCAUCUUCCCGCGAGCCUGUAAGGGCUUCCCAACCCAACAGGCACUAUGAAGUCGGCACUUUUCUUUUCUCUCUGUGGCUUCCUCCGAACAGCCUGGUCAGCAUCAGGGACGCCGCGCGAGGGGAAGCCGCCCUUAGCAACAAAGUCCGAGCUGUGCAGCGGGCAGUUUUUUUUUUUUCUCCCCACAUUUCCUGAAAGACACACAGGGUAGGCAAUCGACACUGGCCACUGGUCGUAUGCCGGCAAUAUUAAGCUGUGGCUGCCCACGCGCAGUUAUCCAGUCUUCACUCUGUUCCAAAACAUUAAGGACCGCGAACCGGCCCGGAAGCUACUGUAGGUGUUGGUCUUUGUUCCUGACUGUGGAUUGACUGCCUGGUCGUUAGUGCACUGAUUCCAGAUGGCCAGUUAAUAGUGAAUAGUCCAGGUACCAUGGAUCGGUGUGGGGAAAAUGCAACUUUACAUGAGAUUUAAGAAACUGAAGGAGUCUUUUUUUUUGCCUCAGAUGUGUUGUUUUAACUUGAUUAAUUCUGUUAUUGGAGCCAAUCGAGUGUUGAGCGACGCAGUCAUUAUUUAUGAUAAUUGGUAUGUUUAAGUUAUUGAUUUCUAUGCUGAUGCCUUUUUCUCGUCUGAAAAGUAAUUCAUCACCACCCAGAUGGUAUUUUGUGUGGUUUGUCAUAAGUUUACCUGCACUUAACAGUAACUGCUAGGACUCGUAUGAUCUCAUUUUUCUUUUUUUUCAGAUCUGUAUCCCGUUUUCACAGCGUAUUUCUUGUUUUACAGUGAAACGUGGAAGACACAUCCACAUUCCUCACAAUCCGCGCAGUUAGUAUUAAAAUGUGUGUAAAUGUAAACGGUAUCACUUGAGGUGGAGCUGUGAGCGGAUCGAGGGUGAGGAGGCUAGAAAAUGAAACCUCAUUUUCCCUCUGUGUGUGUGUGUGUGUGUGUGUGUUUAUCUAAUACCCGCAUGCUGCUGGUGCCGCUGCUGGGGGUAUCAUGAAUUCAUUUGACCUUUGCUUAUGUUCCUGCCGUUGCUUGACCACGACUUUUCCAACGUACUUUGUCUUCGCUGCACCCACAUGCACUUCACUGAAGGUCUCUGUAGAGCAGAGUACGCAAUCAAUGCAGGAUGCCAGAGUUCUCCUUUUUAUUAUGUGACUGACCUUCUGACACCACAACACUGCAGCUAUUCUAAAAAAUGUCAAUAACGGCAAUUGUGUGUGUGUGUGUGUGUGUGUGUGAAGACUGACCCGGAGCUUCUCGUUAGGAGGACCCCCGGUUGUUGUUGUUGUUGUUGUUGGAGAUGAACGGGACACACAUGAGGCUUUCUGAAAGCUUUCUGCUGGCAUUGGUGGCGUUGCGGGAUGAGACUCUGAUGUGCCGCCCCACUGACACGGAUCAAUCACACCUCCCGCACAAGUGUAACCGUGUCAUGAGCGCUUUUGCUAUCGAGGAUUAAACAUCCGAAGAGAGUCCAAAACCAUUAGAUACAAAGAGCACAAUUUACAUCCAGAUUGUCCCUGCUGUUGUUGUUGUUAUUUAGCCAAAGUGAUUUCUGCUUUCCCUCUGUGGCUGCGCUGUUUUUGUGACGAUCCGAGAUGCGCGUUUUGCGUUGAUUUAAUUUGCUUGUGCUCGACAAAGUUUGGUGACGUCAAAUUGAUAUGUGUUUAUGAUUAACAAAAUGAAUUCCAUUCUUUCUAUGAAAGUAAAGCAUCUCGUGUGGAAGAAUCACACUUCAUCCUCUAUGAUCGUGGUGUGUAUAUAUAAAUAUAUGAUAUUGUUUGUCCCUCGACUGCUGUGGAGAGCCCUCCACUGUGUGCUGAUCAUCAUCCUUCCGUCUUCGAUGCCUUAUCAUUUUUUUCCCCCCUUUUCAGUGUAUGAUCUUUUGUGUGUUUGUUUCAUUCUGUUUGGAGGUAAUGCUUGCUAUUUAAUUGCGUCUGACCAACAAAUACCUUCAGUAUAUGCUGUGUUUGAUUUGUAUAGAAAUGUGGUUUGAAGAACAAAAUAAGUUGUAAGAGGAAAUGAAAAAAACACAUCUAAUGAAGCUAACUAAUAUUUGUAUUGAAUAAAGUUUCUAACUGAA